CUCCUUCCCCUCCUUCAUUCACUCUCACUCUUUCUUGUAAAUCCCACAAGCAGUCUCUUCAACUUCAACCCCCCUCCCAAAAAAAGAAACAGAGACAGAAAAACAGACGGCACGAAAUGGCCCGCCCCUCAGGACGCCUAUCGGCGCAUCUCCCGCCACUGGUGAUGGGCACUGCAACGUUUAACAACCAAUACAACCACGAUCCGUUUGCCCUGCCAACCACCGAACUCGUCCAUCGGGCCCUCUCUAGCGGAGUCCGCGCCUUCGACACAUCGCCCUACUACGGCCCAGCUGAGGAACUGCUCGGUCGCGCCCUAGCCACCGAUUUCGUCCGCACCAACCAUCCCCGCGAUACAUACUACCUCCUCACCAAGGUGGGCCGCAUUGCGUCCUCAUCCUUCGACUACUCCCCGCAAUGGGUCCGACAAAGCGUCCGUCGCAGUCUCCGUCGUCUGCACACCGAAUAUUUGGACGUCGUGUACUGCCACGACGUGGAGUUCGUGUCCCGCCAGGAAGCCCUGAAUGCUGUUUGGGAACUGCGUCGCAUUCGCGACACCGAGGGUACGAUCCGCUACAUCGGCAUCUCGGGGUAUCCCGUUGAUGUGCUGAGCGAGAUUGCGGAGUUAGUGCUCCGGGAGACGGGUGAGCCGCUGGAUGUGGUGCAGUCGUAUGCGAACUUCACCCUGCAGAAUACCCGACUGCUUUCGCAGGGUUUGCCGCGCUUGGUGGCUGCCGGCGUGGAUGUGGUCCCGAAUGCGUCCCCAUUAGGGAUGGGGUUAUUGCGCCGCGACGGUGUGCCUAUUGGAAGUAUGGGAGAUUUCCAUCCUGCGCCGGAUGGGCUCCGGAAUGCGAUUCAGGAGGUCUCGAGGUGGGUGGAUGAGCAGGGGGAAAAGCUGGAGGUCGUUGCCAUUCGGUUUGCGCUGGAAAGUUGGCUGCGGGAUGGGGCUAAGGUUGGGGCCCUGGGACCGCCGCUUGCGCGUGCCGUGGACGCCGACCCGGGGUUCGUCUCUGUGGCUAAUAUAGGCACUGGGGAGCGGCUCGGAGUUAGUGUCAUGGGGGUGAGCAACUUUGAAGAGUUGGAUGAGACGCUGCGGGUCUGGCGUAGUAUCGUGGAUGGGUUGGAGAGUCGGGAUGAGGAUGAGCAGAAGCAGGAAUCGCUGCAGCCGUCUGCUGUGCAGGCGCCUACUAUUUUGACCCCGUCGGAUGGGAUCAUCACUGAUCGUGCCUGGUCGAAAGACCGGCGCAGUCGGAUCUUGUCUUUGGCCCAGCACAUCCAGACGAUCCUGGGCCCGGGGUGGACCGACUAUGUGUGGGACAGUCCAUCUCCGGACUUUGUGAAUGUGUUGCCUGCUGAUCAUCUCGCUGCGCUGGAGAAGGAUCCCCCGGAGGUUGCUGCGGCUGAAUCGUCUCUGAUUUCUCCGCCUUUGGAUGCAGUUGAUAGAAAGAUACCCGCUGAUGCUGCGUUGUAAUGCUGCCGUUUGCGAUUUUGGGUUUGAUGUCAUACAGGGCUUUUCAAGGCAGUGACAAUGUUUACUUCCUUUUGCUUCAAUUCUCCUCUUCUCUUUCUGCGUAUAGAAAGAUUGCAAUGUCACAUGAUUGAUCCCUACGAUGCAACUAGACAUCUGGCAUGGUUCUGCGACCUCAUUUUCACGUUAUAUGUUGAUAGCCAAGCCCAGUAUGCAUUAGAAUAGACAGACUACUAUCUAAGCUCGCAAUCUAAACACAUCCA